UGGGAAUUUUACAAAAUCACAUCAGCAAACAUGUUACUAAGAUGUACGACCUCGACCCACCAUUGGACCCAUUUGCCAUGCGGGCAAAGUACUUUCCAGCAGGCGCUGAACCUUCAGAUUCGCUCAGCGUCUGCCGCCCCACUGGUCUUACAGCACUAUUCACUCCUAAUGACGAGACGAAUCGUCGUAUCCGGACCCAAAAGGCCCGGGCAAACCAGCCAUCUGUGGAACCUAAUACAACAUUAGCCACCGAUACUGAUACAACCUCUCAGUCAAGCACACCAGCAGGCCUCACGUGGCAAAUUUCCUCCGCAGCCAAGAAAGCCAAGAAACGAAAUGCUGCAUCAACAGCCAAUACGGCAUCUGUGGCCAAUCUUCCUCAGGUAACUGCGGACAGCCAGCUCAAGGAGAUGCUGGCCGCGAUGCAGAACGAGAUCGCAGAUAUUCGGACAAAGAAUGAGAGGAUUCUCAAAGAGAAUGGCAACAUGCACGGUGAGAUUGAAAGGAUUUCCAAGGAGAACGAGAGGACUUCCAAGGACGAGGAUUCUCCAAGAGAAUGGCAACAUGCACGAGAUUCCAAGGAGAACGAGAGGAUUCUCAACGAGAACGAGAGCAUGCAUGAUGAGAUUGAGGAAAUUCGCAACGAGAACGAGCGCAUUGAUAAUGAUCUCACUAGCGUCCGCAAGGAUCUAGAGGCAGCGAGAGACAAACAUACUUCGGAUGUUGAAGCACUGAGAGAAGUCACCGCGUUACUAGUCCCCUUACAUCUUCGUGUCCUCCUUGACCUUGCACGCAAAAAGGUUCUGGAACACCUCGGUCACGAGACCUGGGAAGAACUUCGCGCUUCCCGCAGUGUCUUCCAACUUGCGGACACAAUCUUUAAUGAUCUCAAACAGAAGGGUGUAUCAUACUCCCCGUCAUACCAGUCCAUUUUUUUCUUAUGUUCAUAUAAUAACAUCAGGCGGGCAGGAAAUACAGCUGCUCACAGCGCAAAAGAGGACGAUGUCAGGCAUGCAGUCUUAACCCAGUCGCUGGGGUCCCAUGAUCGAAAAUGCUUGGAAAGUUUGUUUACAUAUGCGUAUAACGGGGUACAAGUCUGAGGAGUUAUCAUGGCAUUUACUAUACUACUAAUAUUUGUACUUGAACUCAAAUGCACCUGCAAAUGUUGUUGAUAACAGUAUCCUCAGCUCAGGGCUCAUUUGCGAUCCCUCUUAGAGAUGGUACGUACGAGCCCUAUAAGGGUCUGGUCGUACGAUGUGCCUUGAAGGCAAUCUGCUU